GCGGUUGGAUCAACUGCGGUGGCUGUUUGCAUUUAAUAUUUUGUCGGCGGGGAGGGAUGGUGGAGGUGUUCGUGGGUCAUACGUUGGUGAAUAAAGACGGGGAGGAGGUGGAUCCGGAGGAGGCCUUGAAAAAUAAAGUUGUGGGUAUCUAUUUUUCGGGGGGCUGGUGUCCACCAUGUCGUGAUUUCACACCGCUGCUGUGUGAGUUUUACACCGAGCUAGUCCAGGAGAGCGAGCCCGCGGCGCAGUUCGAGAUUGUCUUUGUGUCUUCAGACAAGAGCGAAGAUGACAUGGUGAGCUACAUGGGAGCGAUGCACGGAGACUGGCUGGCACUGCCCUGGCAUGAUAUGUACAAACUAGAAUUGAAGAAGAAAUACUGCAUAACAGCUAUUCCAAAACUGGUGAUUGUAAAACAGAAUGGGGAUGUCAUCACUGACAAAGGUCGUAAACAGAUACGAGAUCAUGGCAUGGCAUGCUUCAGGAACUGGAUCGAGGUGGCAGAAAUUUUCCAAAACUUUUCAGUUGAUUGAAAGCUGACAUGAAAUAGUUUAUAGUGAAUACUAGUGACAUUUGAAUGUAAUUUUUAAUGUUGAAGCAUAGUUUUGAAACAAAGGGAAACAUUAGCUUUCCAUGUAUAUUCUUAUUUAAAAUAAAGGUCUGUAACCAAAUCUAACAAACUAUGCAAUUGUAAUCAUUUUGCAGUCUGU